UAAAAUGAAAAAUUAAAUAUUACUCCAUAUUUCUUCUUAAAAGAAAAAAAGAAAAUGAGAAAAAGGGGAGAGAGAAGAAAACAAGUGGCGAAGUAUUUCAGUACGGUUAAAAAAGAAUCGGAGGAUUAAGAUUAAGUGAUUAACGAUAUGCGUACAACCUUUUUCAGUUGAACGUACAAUCAAUCGAAGCGAACAAUCUAUAUCUUUACACAAAUACCGCGUAACACAAGUUGAUUUUUUCCAUUUGAAUCAAACUUCAGUUAUCGGCUGUUGUCUCUCGCGCACUCUCUCUCUCUCUCUUCUCUCUUUUUCUCUCUCAUUCUUUUUCUCUCAAAAUUCACGCGCACACAGAGAUGUCUACAAUGCACUGAAAUAUCAUCUGACAUAUAUAGAUAGAUUCGUAUAUAGAUACAGAUAUUUUCCACAUAGCCGUUGUAUUGCUUAGAGUAUAAGGAAAGGCGAAACAUAGGAGAGAGAGAGAGAAAGAAACAGGGGAAAAGGGCGGUGUUUCGAUUGGAUAAUGCCGCCGGCGAGGAUUCUGGUGGCUCAGGCAAUUGCGGCGGCGGCGCUACUUUUGGCGAUGUCGGUGGGUGGGGAGGGGAAGGGAAUGGUGCUGAGCUUGGAGAGGGCGAGUCAUGAGGGAGUUGGAAUGAGUCAACUCAGGCACCGCGACCGAGUCAGGCACGGUAGAUUGUUGCAGCAACAGCCCUCCGGCGUCGUUGAUUUUUCCGUCGAAGGCACCUACGAUCCUUAUCUUGUAGGGCUAUAUUAUACAAGAGUAAAAUUGGGGACUCCUGCAAAAGAAUUCUAUGUACAGAUAGAUACUGGCAGUGAUGUGCUAUGGGUUAGCUGCAAUCCAUGUAAUGGCUGCCCCACAUCCAGUGGACUUCAAAUAGAGCUCGAGUUUUUUGAUCCACCCAGCUCAUCCACGGCUUCACCAAUAUUAUGCUCUGACCAGAGGUGUGCUUUGGGAGCUCAGUCAUCUGAUUCUGGUUGUUCGGGCCAGAAUCAGUGUGGGUAUACCUUCCAGUAUGGUGAUGGCAGUGGGACAUCUGGCUAUUAUGUGUACGACUCGAUGUAUUUCGACUCUAUAGUUGGGAACUCAUUGGCUUCAAAUAAUUCAGCACCUGUUGUUUUCGGUUGUAGCACAUCACAAACUGGGGACCUUACCAAGCCAGAUAGGGCAGUUGAUGGUAUAUUUGGUUUUGGACAGCAGGGAUUAUCUGUGAUUUCACAGCUUUCAUCGCAGGGAAUCACCCCAUAUUCGUUUUCUCAUUGUUUGAGAGGAGAGAGUGGUGGUGGUGGUAUAUUGGUGCUUGGUCAAAUAGUGGAGCCAAAUAUGGUUUACACUCCUCUUGUUCCAUCACAGCCACAUUACAAUGUAAACCUACAAAGUAUAGCUGUAAAUGGGCAGACACUCAACAUUGAUUCAUCAGUCUUUGCGACUUCAAGCAACCGUGGAACAAUAAUUGAUUCGGGCACAACUUUGGCAUACCUUGCGGAAGAGGCUUACGAUCCAUUUGUUACUGCAAUUACAGAAACUGUUUCAGGAUCUGUGCGCCCUCUUCUUGCGAAAGGAAAUCAAUGCUAUCUAACGACCUCAAGUGUCUCAGAAAUAUUCCCACAAGUUACUUUAAACUUUGCUGGUGGUGCAUCAAUGAUUCUCAGGCCCCAAGACUAUCUUUUGCAGCAAAAUUCUAUUGGUGGUGCUGCUGUGUGGUGCAUCGGCAUUCAGAAAAUUCAGGGUCAAGGAAUUACAAUUUUAGGAGAUCUCGUUCUGAAAGAUAAGAUUGUGGUGUAUGAUAUAGCUGGACAGAGGAUCGGAUGGGCGAACUACGACUGCUCGUCGUCUGUGAACGUCUCCACAACAACCAGUACAGGUAAAACUGAGUUCUUCAAUGCUGGACAAGUUGACAAUAGCAGCUCGGCAAGAGGCUACACGCUUUUCAAGCUUAUACCGAGCGCCGUUGUAGCUCUACUACUGCAUAUAGCAUUCUUUGGUGUCCCUCCAUUAUUGGGAUGAUUCAUGGGUGAGAAGCUGUUGCUGAGAGGUUUUUUUGUAAAUUCUUUUCACUUUAGUAGUUUGUGUUGUUACUUAUUACAGGGCUCUGAAUGUGGCAGUCUAUGUUGUAUACUUAGAUAAAUUUGCAGGCUUCUAAGUUAAGAUGAAAUAUAUCUUUAUUAGAAUAGAAUUGGUCUUGUGUCUUGUUGUACACUAAUUCGUUUAACAAUUAGAUUUAUUACACGGAUUUUUUUUUUUUAAUUUAUUUAAC